AUGGACGACGACUAUUAUUCCUUGAACUCGAUAUUAGCUGAAAAUCAUAAACUUUCAUGUUCAUUCACUUUGGAUGUGGAAGGUCUGGGUUAUCUGGAAGGAGGAACGGAAAAUAAUAUACACCAACAUUCAAAAGUAGAAUUACCAUUCUGGUUAGCCCAGACAUUAAGUUUAAACGAAUUUACCACUUUCCCCCUUCCUCCACCUUAUUCCAAUCGAGUGAAAGCCGCCUUGAACGCUUCUGCGCAAAGUGUGAAACUUUCUAAUCUAGUAGGUGGGAAUGGGUGGUGGUAUAGAUGGGGAAGGAGGAUCGCCGAUGUACUCGAUGAUGAACCUCAAGCGGAUUUACUCAAUACGUUGCUGAAGGCAUUCAUCAACCGCUUGCCAGCUUUACAAGAUCUCUCUGCCCAUCACGCGUCUGCCGAUCAUACUUUGCCCGAAAGUUCGACUAGUACUACUGAGACGUUCAGAGAUGGUAUGGAAGGUGAUGAGCGUGAAUUGUUUGCGAUAGGACAGGAGUCAGGCAAGAUGACUAGGAAUUGGUAUGAUAGUAACGGCGGUAGGAAGGGUGGGAGGUGA